AUGCCGAGAAGCAGGAAGAAGUCUACCUUGGAGGAGUUACCUCUAGACCUCAAAAUCGAUAUCUUGAGAUCUCUCGGCUCAAUCUACGACCUUGAAUCGUUGGGGCUCACAUGUCGCACAUUUUACAACAUCUGCAAAAGCCCACAGUGUACUGCUACGGCUUACCGACAACUACUCAUCCAUGGAGAUCACGGGGAACUUCUACGGGGUGUGGCAGUCCUCCGAGCUUAUGGACGAGACGACCAGCUGAAGCUGCUUCAGGACGCCAGCGGGUUUCCGGACAACAAUCCAACAGACAACACGGAGUACUUUUACAAGCUUCUUUCGUACCAAAGGACUGUUCGCUGGUUUACCAAUCGAUUUUUCGAGGCAAUGGCAGAUAAAUAUGGCGACGUCCCCCCAAAUUCGGCGAAUAGCAAGGAUUCUAAAUCUUCCAAGAGGUUCAUACCAUCCAGAAGCGAAUCCCAAAGAUUGGAUAAUGCAUUCCUUAUAUUCUGGGUUUUGGCGGAAACAAUAUAUUUAUUCGAAAACCGGAAACCACACGGGACUAUUGACGGCAGCCAUAUAGACGAAGAGCUUUUUGCCAACACCGAUAGAUAUACUUUCGUAUACAUUCUACUAUGGCAAAUCUUGGGAACCUCAGACGGCCUUAAAUUGCAGCUGUCGGUUGAUUUUUCGGUCAUAUGUAGUGUUGCACGGUUUCUCUCGGGAUCGACGACCCCGAUGGCAUUACGGUAUGCAGAUACGUUAAGCCACGAGAAAGUCGCUGCUAUAUCUUCUAAGUUAGGGUGUCCUGAUAUCUAUAACAGGCAGGGAAUAUCUAACUUACUAACCUGGAACCUUGGAUUGGACGGGCUUCGAAAAUUCCUCGAAGAGAAGGAUGAGACUAUACAAGCCUCUGUUAUCGGGAAAUACUACAAUCGUCCUCUCGAGCCCAGAUUUGAGGUCGAUGAUGAAGAGCCUUUCAAGUUUUUUAUAUCAUGCUUCUACUCUCUAAUAGACGGAGUCUGGAUUUAUAUGAGAGAUCACUCGGGAUAUUUAGGAAAUAUACAUUGGAGACCGCUGUGGAGGGAGUCUGGGAUCAUAAAUUUGCUUUUAGUCCCACCGUGGAAUCAAGCGGACGAAUUCGAUAUUGACGCCGCCUUUUGUGAUGAUGAAAGACUUCAAAGAUUGGGAUAUUUUCGGCCGCGGAUUAGCGUGGAUGGCGAGGAUACUGAUCAAAGCAGUUUAGAGGAGAAAAUGAAGACAGACCUUGUAUGCCAUUGUAAGGAGGACUGGGGGUGCUGGGAUUAA